AUGGAAAAUCAGACAGAUUACGAACCGAUUGUGUUCGAAGACAGAGUCAACUUAUCCAUGGCAUGUGACUCCAUCAGAAGCAGAGGAAACUUUGUGAACAAGCUUUAUCCAGAUGAGCAAAACUUUCCAUUGGCUUUUGUAAGAGCUGUGUUUAAGGUAAUGGAAGUGGCAUGAAUUUUGUUUACAUGAUUCAGAACUUUAAUUUUUAUAUAUUUUAUUGACAAUAGAUGUAUUUUUUUGCGAAACUGAAAAUGGCAAGGACUUUCUUUACGAAACCGAAAAUGGCAAAAACUUUCUUUACAGAAUAUAAAAUGGCAAGAACUUUCUUUACAAGACCUAAAACGGCAAGAAAUUUCUCUAAAAAAACGAGAAAUGGCAAGGACUUUACAAGAUAUUAAAUGGCAAUAAUUUUCUUUACAAAACGAAAAAUAGCAAGAACUUUCUGUACAGAACAAAAAAUGGCAAAAGCUUUCUUUAAAGAGCAAAAAAUGGCAAGAACUUUCUUUCCUAACCUCAAAAUUUAAAUUUUUUAAAGUUCAGGACUACGAAUACCUAGAAUCGGACCUGUCGACCCACUACAACCCGAACAAUGUCUACUGCUAUGUGAUGGAUUCGAAAGCGGAUUCAGUGUUCAAUUCCAGGUUAAGAGCUCUCGCAUCUUGUUUUCCGAAUGUCAUCGUACCAGACACCGAGUUCAAAAUGACCUCGAGAGGAGUCAAUGUAAACUAUGCUCAAUAUCAUUGUAUAAAGCUGAUACUCGAUCGGCAAUGGAAGUACGUCAUUCUGCUUGAAGUAAGCUGGGCAUAGGUUUAGUUAAAGGAUCAAAAUUGCAAGAACUUUUUUUACGAAACAUAAAAUGGCAAGAACUUUCUUUACAGGGCGAAAAAUGGAAAAAAACUUCUUUUACAGGGCGAAAAAUGGCAAAAACUUUCUUUACGGAACUAAAAACUGACUAAAAACGACUUUCAGAACCACGACGUGUUAACCAAGACUAAUAAGGAACUAGUCCAAAUACUAGGUCUAUAUAAUGGUGCCAAUGACGUUGGAGCUCUCAACCUCAACACAGUAGCCCUAUCUCGCCAGAAUUUCUCAAUAGACCACGAUUUGUCAUUGAAAGCCUUGGGAUUGUUCCGAAAUGACACUUUGAAUAAGGCCGAACAAACACUAACAAUCGCCAAGAGUUUAACACAAUCAGCUUUGACACGGGAAGCAGUUCAUUACAUCUUUAAUGUACGUUUUUGAUUUGGAAUGUAUGGGUGCAUAUGCUGACUAGGUACGCGUGUAUUGGCGUACAGAACGCCUUAUUUUACACAUUCUCUUAUACCUAUGUCUAUGUAAAUCAGUUCAUCUUUUAUUACAUAAAUUUCAUUAAGAACUCUGAUUUUACUUUUUUACAGACUCUGAACACAACAAAACUGAUGAGUAUUAUGAACGGCGACAACUUUGAACACGAAUUCUUUACCAGCACGUUGAAUGCCAAUGAGAUCGUCAAUCUGCCCGGCGGAUUCACAACUGAAUGCUUGGACAAAAACAGUAUCCGCCAGAUGGUCAGGUAGGUCUGACCAUCAUAAAACAAUGUAACCAAUCUCAGGUACACUUUAUGGAGCCACACCUGCCGUUCCAAGCACGUUCGCCACGUGCUUUGCAUUCUGGGAAUGGCUGACAUCCGCCCGAUCCUGAUGAAGAUUCCCCACUUCACAGCAAACAAAAUGAUGCCAGCGGUCGACUUUGGCGCCAUAAACUGCUGGCAUGAACACAUGUUCAAUCGAACCCAUUUACAAUCAACGAUCGAUACAGCCUUCUACAGUAACAUACCGUAUGUCAGGUGGCACAAUCAGAAACUGAAUGCCACGUUGGACAGGAAAACAUUCAAAUGCUGA